CAGUGCGCACCAGCCAGUGACACUCGGAAAAAUGCCAGACCAGCGGGCUUUGAAGAAUCCGUAUCGAGAUUAUGAUGGAAUGCCUGCCUCUGUGCAAGACAUAUUUGAUUCGCAAGGAAGAUUGACUGAAGGCUUUGCCAGCCGUAUAAAUGGUAAGGUCAGAGAGCUGCUCUCUGCUAUGGAGAAUGGCCUGCGGAAUGCUGACCCCAGGGACUGUACGGGCUACACAGGCUGGGCAGGCAUUGCCUUACUCUAUCUGCACCUACACACUGUCUAUGGGGAUGCAGCGUACCUCCAGAGGGCUAUGGAUUACAUAAGCCGCAGCCUGAGGUGCCUGACUCAGCGAAGCGUCACCUUUCUCUGUGGCGACGCGGGGCCGCUAGCCGUGGCCGCCGUGGUUUACCACCGUCUGCAGAGGAGCCAGGAGACUGAAGAGUGCUUAGCCAGGCUGCUGCAGCUGCACCAGGCGGUGGUAAAGGGCAAAGGAAACCUGCCUGAUGAGCUCCUGUACGGCAGAGUGGGCUUUCUCUACUCCCUCAUCUUCAUCAAUCAAGAGUUUCAUCAAGAAAAAGUCCCCAUGCAGUAUAUCCAGCAGAUCUGUGAUGCUGUUUUGGCCUCGGGGCAGAGUUACUCCCAGAAGAGAAGAAGUCAAGAGCAGACUCCCCUGUUGUAUGAAUGGUAUCAGGAGGAGUAUGUAGGAGCUGCCCACGGCCUGGCUGGUAUCUACUAUUACCUUAUGCAGCCAGGUUUCGUGGCUGGACAGGACAGAGUUUCCUCCCUGGUGAAACCGAGCGUGGACUUUGUGUGUCGACUCAAGUUCCCGUCCGGGAACUUCCCGCCGUGCGUGGGGGACGACCGCGACCUUCUGGUCCACUGGUGUCACGGUUCCCCUGGGGUCAUCUACAUGCUCCUGCAGGCCUACAAGGUGUUUGGCGUGAAGCAGUACCUGGACGACGCACUGCAGUGCGGCGAGGUCAUCUGGCAGAGAGGCCUGCUUAAGAAAGGUUACGGCCUGUGUCACGGCGCUGCCGGCAACGCCUAUGGUUUCCUGGCCCUUUACAGGCUCACCCAGGACCCCAAACAUCUCUACAGAGCCUGCAUGUUUGCAGACUGGUGCAUGAACUACGGGAAACACGGCUGCCGAACUCCAGACACCCCCUUCUCACUGUUUGAAGGCAUGGCUGGAACCAUCUACUUUCUGGCUGAUCUUCUGCAGCCAAUGAGAGCUAAGUUCCCAGCCUUUGAGGUGUAAAGGUGAAGACUGCGCUGCUGAACAUCGACCAGUCGGCAGAGUGGAGCAUGAAUGCACUGCUUUUCCCAUCAAAAAUCUCCUCGAUCCGCAGUGGAGGGAACCAUCUGUCAGCCCAGUGGAAUGUUACUAUUGCACUCCCUGUAUGUAUGAUCAUAUGCGUUAUGUCUGCCAAAGCUCACGUAGAGUUCAAGUCGUAAAAAAUUCUAAAGUUGCUAAGCUAGUGUUUUUGGAUUGGUGAGCGAAAAUGUCUGUCAAAUGGAGCAAAGAACUGACUGGAGAGCCUUGUUGAACAGUUUUCAGUUAAAAAAAAAAAAUAGG